UUCUAUCAGAAGGUUAGGGUAACAGAGAGUAGUGGAAGGGCUGCUAAUUACAUACAAAGAACAAAAAGGUAAAAGUUAAAAGGGUUUUGUCACUGAUCGUGGGGUACAUGGGCAUAAUUUCCAGAGGGCUUAGGGGGGUUAUGACCCCCAUAAACUAUGAAUUAUCUUGCAUAAAUAGGCUGUUGAUUUUCUUUACUCAUUUCAGUUACUACCAGAAAAAUAGUUGCAUGUUUAAUCAUCUGGGAAUUUACCCAGAUUUAUUUAUUUAUUUAGACAGAGAUCUGACUCUCCCAGUGUUCAGCACAAAGAUACACCCAUGAUGGAGUAACAGGCUACAAUAACGGGAAUAAAGACAAGGUUUACAGAAAGCAAAUGGCCACAGGAACAGGAGGCCACAUUCCUAAAGUUCAGACCUAUCAAACAAAAUCAGACAGUUACGGGAUGACGCAAAGAUGUUUAUCUCAGAUCUGAAACCUGAAACUCUUCACGCAACAACACAUACAUUUGUUGUUCCUUCACUUCUUUCCCUUUUUAUUCUGCUACAAAGGAGAGAGGUUGUGUGGACAACAUGUCAGGAAUAGCAACGCUUAAAACGUCCUUCUUUCAUUCAGACUAUGAACAUAUAACUCUGCCUGCUGUUUACAUCUUUGUUUUUAUCAUUGGUCUGGGAGCUAAUGGAUGGGCGGUGAGGUCCUUGCUGCAGAAAUGGAAAAUUCUUGGACACAUUAAUGUGUUUCUUCUGAACCUUGAAAUUGCCAAUUUUUUGUUCCUGCCAACUCUCCCAUUUUUGUCAGCUUACUAUUUUAUGAGGAAUAAAUGGAUCUUUGGAGAUGCCUUCUGCAAAGUCACGAGGUUCUGCUUCAACUUGAAUUUAUACGGCAGCAUUGGAUUUCUUACCUGUAUAAGUGUGUACAGGUACCUGGCUAUUGUCCAUCCAAUGAGGGUGAUGGGACGAAUAACCGUCACUCUCUCUGUAGCUAUCUCAGUCGUGGUUUGGCUGUUGGUGAGCGUUCAAAGUCUUCCAGAUAUGUUCUACCCAAAAACCUCCGCAAACAACACUGAUACAAAUGGAACUGAAAAAUGUCACCAUACCACCUCUACAAAGUAUGUCGAGAAUUACCUGAAAUACAGUGUGGGUUGGACAUUGACUGGGUUUGUUAUGCCACUCCUUAUCUUACUUGGCUGCUAUGGACAUGUGACUCUUGUUCUCUGCCGCAAAAAUACCAUUAAUAAGGUGGUGAAACAAAGAAGCUUAAGGUUGUUGUUCAUUUUGAUUUUGCUCUUCUCGGUUUGUUACAUCCCCUAUCAUAUUUUUAAGAACCUCAGCCUUUAUUCACGAGUUUUGAUAAAACACAGGAUGCGUCCAAAAUGGGAUAAGGGAGUCUUUUGUGCUCAUCAGAUCAGUCGUGGUCUUGUGUGUCUGAAUAGUGUUUUGAACCCCCUGGUUUACCUCCAUGUCAUGGAUAUUCCUGCUCAGCUCCAACAGCUGCUUCAGCGGUUUCGUCAGACAUUUACUCGUUUGUUUGUGUCAAACUAUGUCAGCGUGCCCGUGGCACAAACUGCAAACACAGCAAUAUCUUAACAGUAAAUAAUGACUUUGCAUGCAAAAGUAACAGACUAUGUUAAAGACUGCUUUAUGUACUACAAUGUGCUUCAUUCCCUUAAUUAUCACUCGCUUUUUCUGGAUAACAGUUUUGGCACAAGUGGUUAGACAAAUGUGUAUAUAUACGUUUAUCUAUGUUUUUGUUUCCUAUUCUAUUGCCUUGUAUUCUGUGAAUGACUAAAAGCUGGUGGAAUGCAUUUACUCUUUUGGUUUAAAACUCAUUCUCCUUAUCUUGUAUGCAAGAUGUCAAUGUUAUUCCUUGUUAUUGCUCUGUAUUAGCUUCACUAGCUAUUAGUGUUUAGCUAAUGAUGUUAUAGAUCUGAAAUAAAUGUAAUUCAAGCCUUGAAGCUUGCAUUAUUCAAACCCCUUACAACAACAACUUUCACUUUAAUGAUAGAUCAGGACAGAACACUGGCAGAUUAGUAUAAUUUAUUUCUUAUUUAGUGCUAUUACCGUAUUUUUCGCAGUAUAAGGCCCACUUAAAAACCUUUAAUUUUUUUUUUAAAUCAACAGUGCACCUGUAUGAAUUCUGGUUGUGCUUACUGCCCUCGAUCCAAUUUUAUGUGGUACACGGCGCUCUGUUUUCAAGAACCUCAGCCUUUAUUGAAGAGUUUUGUCAAAAUGGAGGACGAGUCCAGAUUGGGAUGAGGGAAUAUUUGGUGCUCAUCAGAUAAGUUGUGGUCUUGUGUGUCUGAUUGUGUUUUUGACUCCCCUGGUUUACCUCCAUGUAAAGGAUUUCCCUGCUCAGCUCAGGCAGCUGGUCCGGCAGUUUUGUCCGAUGUUUAGUUGUCUGAGUUUAAAGACUGCAUUAUGUAUUUCAUUUUAUAUCAUUCUUUUAACUAUUAUUGUCUUUUUUUGAAUAACACUUUUGACAAAAAGGUCUACAUACAUACUUUUAUACACACACUUCACACUCAAGCUAUUGCUGACACAGAGUCCAGAUGUAUAUGCAAUGUAUUUUGUAGUGGCAACCUCUGCUUUGUUUUCCUUUUUGUUAUUGGUCAGUUUAAAAUCUUGGACACUUCAGAAUUGUUGUGAAAAAUAUUGGCAGCAUACAUCGUCAGAUUUAAAACGAUCUUCACUGACCUUAUUUGCCAUAGCUGGUAUAAAGGGCUGUUGCUUCAUUUGUCCUUUUGUUCAUGUUGUAAUAACAUCCAAACUUCCAGUUUGUACUACGUAAUCAUAGUUCUUGUUAACCUUUAAGUUCCUGUCAAAGAUUUAACUUGUUUUUGUUCUGUCAUGUGCCAGCUUGUAGCUCUGUGUUCUGUGGAAAACCUUUGGAAUUUCUGUCUGCCAUAUUAGCCACUGUGAAAUUUAGGUGGAUUCCUCUGAUGCACAUUACAUGGCCAUCAUGAAUAAACUUUUCAAGAUUUACCAGUUA